AUGAGUAUGCGCGAUCUGAUUGACGGUGACGUCGAGGUUGAUGAAGAGGAACUUGAUGAGGAAUUUGAUGAGGAGACUGGCGAAGCUCGCUCAGCGGAGCCGCGACGACAAAAUGGAGGCUUGGAGGAUGAUUCGAGUGAAGAAGAAGAUGAUGAUGAUGAGGAGGCAGCUCGUGCGAUUCGGGAAGGUUUUAUUGUAGAUGAAGAUGAAGAAGACGAUGAUGACGCGAGAAGUAGGCGUCGCCGCAGAGAAAAGAAACGCCGGAGAGAGCAGCGUGAAGAGGAGGGUCUGGAUGACGAAGAUUUGGAUCUCAUCGGAGAGGCAAAUCCAGAAUGGGAGAGGAAGACUACACAGCAGCCAAAGUUUAAGCGUCUUAAGCGUGGCCACCGAGACGAUAACGACCAUGAUCGUGAGCGCGGCCUGGACCAAAUCUUCUCUGACGAUGAAGAACAAGACGCACCUCUCGAGUAUGAGCGUUCCUUCGCACGCCCAGAUCAUCGCAUUGAUGAAUUCGCAGACUUUAUCGAGGAAGACGAGCUGGAAGAUGACGAAAGGGAUAGACUUGCUGAGGAAAGAGAGGUGGCUCGUCCAAGAGAGAAGGGUUACGUUGGUGGUGCAGAAACAGCAGGUCUUGAUAAGGAUGCUUUAGAUGAUAUGGAAGCUAUUUUUGGAAAUGGUGAGGAUUACGAUUGGGCUCUCGCUUUGGAAGAUGAAGCCGAAGCAGCGGAAGCUGGCGACCAGAAUCUUGAGCUAAAGGAUGUCUUCGAACCUUCCCAGCUCGCAGAGAAGCUACUUACGGACGAGGAUAAUUUUAUUCGAUACUCUGAUGAACCGGAACGAUUCCAGCUCGACCGCAAGCCUUACAAACAUUUACAAAUUAGCGACGAACAGUUCAAGGAGGAAGCUCGAUGGAUCACAAGUCUCAUUUGGCCGAAAAAGAACUUCAGUGGAGAUAUGCAAGCGCCAUUCACCAAGGCUAUCAGCAAAGUCUUAGAGUUCUUUGUUGUGGACGAAGUUGAAGUUCCUUACGUGUUUCAACACCGAAAGGAUUAUCUCAUCCAUGCCAGGAAGAGCAAAACACGAUCGGAUCCUAAUAAUCCAGAUGGCCCCGAUUACGAGGUAACCGCCGACAAGCUCUUGAAUCAAGACGACCUCUGGCGCAUUUUGGAACUCGACUUGAAGUUUAGGGCACUAAUCGACAAGCGAAAUGUUCUUGAAAAGACCUACGAUAACCUGAAGCUGGCCGCCAGUAUUAGUGAUGCAACCUUUGAGCAAAUGAUACCGAACGCUCAGACCAUGGAAGAGCUCCAGGAUAUUCAGGAUUACCUCUAUUUCCAGUAUUCAUCAGAAAUCAAGUCUUUGCAAGGUUCCAAUGGUGAAGUCAAAGAAAAACGAGCCGGGAACAAAGCAUCAAGAUUCGAUCGUAUACGCAAGAGCGGGGCUUACCAACUUGUACGAGCAUAUGGAAUCACGGCCGAUGAGAUUGCCGGAAAUCUUCUACUAGAAGGCCGCAAGAAAUAUACAGAGGACCCUCCUUUGAACCCAAUUGAUCUUGCCGACACCCUGACUAGCUCAGAUGAUUUCACCACAGGUGAAGCCGUUUUGAACGCAGCACGAAGCUUAUAUGCCGAGGAACUUUUUAUGAGCCCGAAGAUGCGCCAGCAUUUCAGGAAACAUCAUUACAUGGGAGGACUUGUCAGCUGUGCUAGAACAGAUAAAGGUCUGAAAAAGAUUGAUGAACAACACCCAUACUAUGAACUCAAAUACCUCAAGAAUCAAACUUUUAGCGACAUCGCUAGCAAGCCUGAAAUGUUCUUAAAGAUGUUGAAAGCCGAGGAAGAAGGUUUGUUAGAGGUUCGAGUAUCUCUUCAAAAUGAGCGGGAUUUCCGACGACAAAUUUUUGGAGAAUUUAGAUCUGAUAACUACAGUGAGGUCGCUGAUGCUUGGAAUGACGAAAGACAAAAAGUUCUCGACAUGGCAUUCACGAAACUCGAAAGGACUAUCACUAAAGGAGUGAAGGAAAGCAUGCGAACAGAAUGCCAAGAUUCUAUCCUUAAAGUUUGUCGAGAAGAAUACUCAAGAAAACUUGAUCAGGCGCCAUACAAGCCAAAAGGCAUGGUUUUGGGCACUAUUCCUCGAGUUCUUGCUUUGUCCAAUGGCAACGGUGAUCCCGGUCGUGAUGCUGUAUGCUGGGCGUAUGUUGAAGAAGACGGUCGAGUUUUGGACCACGGAAAGUUUGACAAUCUCUCAAGAGAUCACAGAGCUAGAGAAGCAUUUGUCGAAUUGGUACGCAGUAAGAAACCCGAUGUUCUCGGAAUUAGCGGGUUCUCUGUCGAGACUCAUAAGCUUGUAUUAAGCCUUAAAGAAUUGGUGCAGGAACACUCUCUGCGAGGAAAUGAGUUUGAGGAUGAAAAUGGUGAGGAGCGAACUGAGCCUCUGGACAUUAUUGUCGUGAACGAUGAAGUAGCCCGACUAUAUAAAGACAGCCCAAGAGCCGCUGUUGAUCACCCUGCAUUUGCACCACUCGCCAGGUAUUGUGUUGGUUUGGCUAAAUAUAUUCAAAAUCCAAUGAAGGAGUACGCAGCCCUUGGGAAGGAUAUUGUUUCAUUAUCUUUCCACCCAUGUCAACAGUUGUUACCCGAGGAUAAGCUUCGAAGACAACUGGAAACUGCGAUGGUAGAUAUGGUCAACCUUUGUGGAGUCAAUAUCAACGAAGCGGUCAAUGACGCCUAUACAGCAAACCUCUUGCCUUUCAUCUGUGGUCUUGGUCCUCGAAAGGCUACCGCUGUCCUAAAAUCCAUCAAUGCCAAUGGUGGUGUGGUUAACACUCGCGAGGAGCUCGUUGGUGAUCCAGAUAACAACAAGCUGCCCGUCGUAGGUCCCCGAGUGUGGAAUAACUGUGCCAGUUUUCUUUACAUGGAGUAUGACAGCGCAAAUCCCGCUUCUGACUACCUUGACAAUACUCGUGUGCACCCAGAGGACUAUGAACUUGGUAGGAAAAUGGCAGCUGAUGCACUCGAGCUUGACGAAGAGGAUGUAAAAGCAGAAGUGGAUGAGGGCGGACCAGGAGCUAUCGUCCGCAAGCUCAUCAAGGAUGACGAGCAGGAAAAAGUGAACGACCUAAUUCUUGAAGAGUACGCCGAUCAAUUGGAGAGGAAUUACAAUCAACGCAAACGCGCCACACUCGAGACCAUUCGUGCGGAAUUGUUACAACCAUAUGAAGAACUGCGACGCAACUUUGGAAUACUGUUGGAUGAUGAUAUUUUCACCAUGUUGACCGGAGAAACUCAUGAAUCGUUAUGCGAAGGCAUGAUCGUAUCUGUUAACAUCAGAGUGGCAAAGGAUGACUUCAUUAUCGCUAAGCUGGAUUCUGGCAUUGAAGGCCGUGUCGAGAAAGACGAUGGUUCAGAUAACCCCAAUGCCUCUCUUCAUCGUUUAUUCUCUGUUGGCCAAACUGCUCAAGCUAAACUGCUCGACGUUGACCGACGAAACUUCGCUGCCAGGCUAUCAUUUCGCGAGUCACAAAUGCGACCAUACAGGAAACGCAUCGAUCGCGAUAUAGGUACCUGGGACUCACUUCAAGAGCAAAAAGAUAGGGAAGAGCUGCGCGAGAAAGACAAGGCCACCGGCCGCGUUCAACGAGUUGUCAAACACCCCCUCUUUAGACCAUUCAAUGCGACACAAGCUGAAGAGUACCUCGGUUCGCAAGCCCCUGGCGAUGCUGUCAUUCGUCCUUCGUCCAAAGGAAAUGAUCAUUUGGCAGUUACGUGGAAAGUUGCUGAUGGUGUGUACCAGCAUCUUGAUGUCUUGGAGCUACAAAAGGAGAAUGAGUUCUCAGUUGGACGACAGUUGAGAAUUGGCAACAAAUACAACUAUAGUGAUCUCGAUGAAUUGAUCGUGGAUCAUGUUAAGGCCAUGUCCAAGAAGGUUGAAGAGAUGAUGCUGCAUGAGAAAUUCCAAAAAGGCAGCAGGGCUGACACAGAGCGUUGGUUGACCACCUACACUGAGGCCAACCCUAAGCGAUCUGUAUAUGCCUUUUGUCUUGAUACAAGACAUCCUGGGUAUUUCCAUCUUUGCUUUAAAGCUGGCCAACAAGCGCGCGUCAAUUCAUGGGCCGUACGGGUCGUUCCUAAUGCUUUUGAAUUAUUAAAGAGUCCAUACCCUGAUAUGAAGGCUCUGUGUAAUGGAUUCAAACUGCGCCACGCUGCGGAAAUGAACCGGAGAUGA